CAAACAAUAUCGUCAAGACAACUAAAAUCAGUAUAUCCCUUCUUUCUUUCUUCGCCGCAACAAAACACCCCCUCAGCAUGGUUUUAGUCUCUUCUAUGUUCCAGGUCUCUUGGUUCGCAGAUUUUGUGGACUGUAAUAAUCAUUCUCAUCAACGAACGACGAAUGACACAAUCACCAAAACCUCCUCUUUCUUUUGAGAUUGCACAUUAUACCGUCCGGUUAAGAUAAUUCGAGAUUACCGGGUUUUACUGCUAAACCAAUAAAAUAUCAAUUUCCGUAAACACUCUGUCUCGUAUAGAAGGUUCGAUUUGUCUGGCUCAGGCGUCGCCACAACUCUCUCUGAAGUUCACCCACACACACUCGGUGCAUCUUUUUAGCUCACAAGAAUUAUUCUGAGACAUAUGUUUCUCAUUGUCCGCUUGGUAACAUAGUUUAAGGUUGUUUUUCUGUGAGAAUCAACCGAUGUCGGCUUCAUGCGCUGUAACACCGUCUGUUAGAACAGAACUAUUCAGCUCAUUAUCUAAAAGUCCCACCUUCCCUGCUCAAACUCGUCGACCAAGUAACAAAUGUGAAAUCAGCAGAAGGGGUUUUGCAGUGAGAGGAGGGAUCGUUGCUUCUGGAGUUUCAGUCAUGGGCACUCCUCCUUCACCACCAUCAGCUGCUUCUCAGCCAAUUCAAGGUGGGGAGAGAUUAGCUUUUAAGCCAGAAGGAUAUAACUUUUGGGAAUGGAGAGGUCACAAGAUUCAUUAUGUGGUUCAAGGAGAAGGCUUGCCUCUUGUUCUUAUUCAUGGCUUUGGUGCUUCUGUCUUUCACUGGAGGUAUAACAUUCCUGAACUGGCAAAGAAGUACAAAGUGUACGCCUUGGACUUACUCGGUUUCGGAUGGAGUGACAAAGCUCUCAUAGAGUAUGAUGCCAUGGUUUGGACUGAUCAAGUUAUUGACUUCAUCAAAGAGAUUGUCAAAGAGCCAUCUGUUGUCGUUGGAAACAGCCUGGGGGGAUUCACAGCUUUGUCAGUUGCGGUGGGAUUACCAGAGCAAGUCACAGGAGUUGCGCUUCUAAACUCUGCAGGACAGUUUGCAUCCGAGAGUAGAAAGCAAGAGGAAGCUGAGGAGCCCUCCGCGUUAACCAAGUUUAUAGUUAAGCCACUCAAAGAGAUCUUCCAACGCGUGGUUCUUGGGUUCUUGUUCUGGCAAGCCAAGCAGCCUUCUCGUAUCGAAUCUGUCUUAAAGAGUGUGUACAUAAACGCUGCUAACGUUGAUGACUACCUCGUUGAAUCCAUUUCAAAACCUGCAACAGACCCAAAUGCUGGAGAAGUAUACUACAGGUUGAUGACAAGGUUCUUAACGAACCAGAGUAGAUACACUUUAGACAGUGUUCUAAGUAAGAUGACUUGCCCGCUUCUGUUGCUUUGGGGAGAUCUUGACCCGUGGGUUGGUCCUGCUAAAGCCGAGAAAAUCAAAGCGUUUUACUCCAACUCAUCCCUGGUGCACUUACAAGCAGGGCAUUGUCCUCAUGACGAAGUCCCUGAAGCUGUAAACGUAGCUUUGUUGGAUUGGUUGUCUAAUGUAGUUUCCAAACCAUCCUCCCCUGAAGUCUCAGAGGUGUAAAGACUUUUUUUUUUUUAAAAGGAAGUAUAUAGUUUGUAAAUACAUUGUUACCUCUGCUUCUUGGAUUAUAUAAUUUGAGAUUAAGCUGA